AUGGGACUGACCGUCGUGCUGUCUAAGGCAGCAAGUGGCGUCCCAUUCAUGCAGGUGCACACGGAAUUCCCAGUUCCUGGCGGUUGUUUAUUGGAACACAAGGAAUUUGUGCUGUUCAGUUACGGGCGGCCGUUUAUUGGAACACAAGGAAUUUGUGCUGUCAGUCACUCGUUCCCAGAAAACACGCCACGUGUAAUAAUCAUAAAGUUGCUGAAAAUCCAUCGACAUCCCAUGACCGGUUUCGCCCUUUGUGGGGCUCAUCAGGCGCAGUCCCCGGGUUUUCGUCAACCUUAUGUUCUAAUUGAAACCAAAUUGCACGAAAUUAGCGAAUAUACACCCACUUGCAAACCAAUUCGGCAACUGAAUGUGCUGCACCAGGCCGCCUCAUGUUUCAGUCGCUACGAUAUUCGAGAUAUCGCGAUACAUGUAUAUCUUUGUAAUGUACUGCUCAUAAGGUUGCUGAAAAUCCGUCAACAGCCCACGACCGGUUUCGCCCUCUUUAAGGCUCAUCAGUGUAACGGAAGCUGUCAAAGUAAAACGAUGCAUUUUGACAUAGAUCUGGUCUGGUGCAGCACAUUCAGUUGCCUGGAAAUAUCACAAACAAGAGAUUCAGCUGGGUUCCAGGCGAGUCUUUCGAAAAACCGAAUGAGUAUGAACAAGCCAAGCAGCCUAGAUGGUUUCUCAAGUGUGUGUCACGCUACCUGA